ACGUGGAUGACCUCGAAAAUGGCAUUGAACUUUAAGCCCGUUCAAUUUGUGCGUGCCAAGUCGGUACUUGAGACAGCAGCAACAACUACCUUCUGUUCUACUUCGUCAUCACAAGCCGAUGCCCACGAAGAAAAAGGAAAGGCGAUCAGAAGAUUUUACGAAGACCUUGUAGAUGGCAGCACCACACCGAAAAACAUGUUGAGUGGAAUAUCCUCAGCAGAGCUCUCCCGUAAAGAGUCGUCCAGCGUACGCACAUCUGUCGCUGGUUCCCUUGGGGUCGACGCGCGCAAGCCAAAGCGAAACCGUCGUUCCUCGAACCGCGACGCGAAGCGGGAGCGCGCCGUAGCGCCGACGAGCGAAUCGAACCGCCGGCGGCGCGUCUGCGAGUUUCUCCGGAGCGCGCAGGACGGCGACCUGAGGUCGCUGGAACGCAUGCUGCGCACGUCGCGGGAUGGCGUCGUGGAUGUUAACGCGGCCGACGAGUUCGGCUGGACGGCACUGAUGUGCGCGGCGCACGCCGGCCGCACGGACGUCGUCGCCCUCCUCGCGCGGAACGGCGCUGACGCCGCGAGAACGGACGCGCGCGGCAUGACGGCGGCCGACAUCGCGAGAGAGGCGCGGCGCUACGCCGUCGUCGAUGCGCUGUGUCCGGCGGACGCGUCAGACGCGCGACUCGCCCCGUCAGUGUCGGGCGGCAGCGGCGAGGGAGCUUCGCGGGCGUUCUGCGAUGUGUGCGGAGUUCACGUGGAUCGCUCCGAUGAACGGCAUUCGAGUUCGACGGUGCACCUCUUCAACCUGCAGCUGAAGCCGAAAUCUACGCUGUAUCACAUCCCGGAGAGUAACCUUGGCUUCCAGCUGAUGCUGAGGACGGGCUGGGAUAAGGACGCAGGCCUAGGCCCUGUAGGGUCCGGGCAGAAGUUUCCCGUGAAAACCGUGCUGAAGCGAGAUCGCCAGGGACUAGGUUCCAAGAAAAAAACGAAAGCUAAAGUCACUCAUUUUGGUCCUAAUGAUGUAGCCGCUGUUCAGAGAGUGAGGUGCGCGUCACACGUUCGUAUUGCAAAGGUAGCGACAUUAUCGAAAAAGGCAAGAAAGAAACAGGAAGUUAGGCAAAAAUCGUGGGAAGAGAAUUUUCGUCGAUACUACGAUUCGUAAAAUUUGCGAUUGUGAUUGUCUUUUUAAAGAUUUAUGCUAUAUCAAAAGUACCUAUACCUAUACCUAUACAAUUCAUGUCUUAUUUAUAUGAGUUUGAUGUGGUUUGUUCUUGUUGAUAAAGAUUGGUAAAUACAUAAUAAAUAAUAAUUACGUUUUUUAUGAUAGUUA